AUGGAAUUUGUGGAGAAGUUUGUGGAGAAGCAUGCCUCUGCUAAGUACCAGACAUGUGCAGAUGGAUCUCUGGGAGAUCAGUUUAUGGCAUUGAGGAUGCAGUGCCAGGAGUAUAAUGGUAACAUUGAUUGUAAAAAGAAUAGCAAGAAGUGGAAGAAAGAAAAGUUAGGUAAUGAAAUCUUAUUGCUUAUGAAAAUUAAGGAGAUAGCGGAAGAGAAGGAGACCAAGUGGCAGAAUGAGAGGAGGCAGAUGAAAGAGAGUUUAGAUAAGAUUGCAGAGUCUGUUCUUGAAAUAUCUGCAGAGUCCAGUAAUGAAUUGGGAAAUUUAAAGGCAGAAAUAGAUGAAUUAACCGAAAGAAACAAAGGGCUGGUGGAGUUGGCAGAGAGGUAUGAGCUUAAGGUUGGCUCUAACAGGUCCCAUUUAUUGUCUUUAGAGAAUAAGAUUAGUCAGAUGGGGGUGAUGAUAGCUGAUUUAGAAGGGCAGCUGUCUAAAGCAAGAUCCCAGCUAAUCAGCCAAGAGCAGCACAUCCGGUCCCUUACAUUGCAUAAAUGUGGAGUAACAAAUAUCUGCACAAUUUCCUCUAUGGGUGGGGGCGAGGUAACAGGCAUGGUAGCUGAUAGUCCUCCAGCAUUGACCAUCCAGGACAGACUCCAUUUGUGUAAAGUUAUUGGAGACUGUAAUACUAGCGAAUCACCCAUAACUUUAUCCAAUAGGUUUGAAGCUGUAGUGAGGCAGUAUCACCUGGAUAACAAAGAUGCCUGGUCUCUGCUCCGAGCUUGGCUUCCAGGGCCACUGGCAGCGCAGUUAACAUCUGCCCACAUAGAUGAUGACUGUAGAGGUGCAGAAUUCAGGAGGAAGGAGCUGCAGCGUGUUUUAGGUGGGCGAGACAUUAGGGGUGAAGAUGCCCUAAGAAAGUUGUGGUUCAGGCGAUGUGAUGAUCCGGUCAUGUUUUGUAAUGAUUAUCUCUCCCUAUAUAAGUGUGUUUAUAACUGCCCAGAAAUGUCUCAGGAUGAUACCAAUUUCCUCUAUUCCAUGGCAAAUAGAUGUAAUGUAGAUUACACCACGAGAUUGGCGCUGAGAAAUACCAGCUCCCAUGAGAAAUUUAUCAAUAUUUUGAGGGACUGGUGUGAAGGGUCUGGAGACAGGAAUGAGACACCUGAAAACAUAUCUGUUGUUUAUAGACCUAGGAGGAAAUGGUGGGUUAGAUAUUGUUACAAAUGUGGGAGACCAGGACAUAUUAAAAGAUAUUGUGAGACAUCUAAUGUGUAUCCUGAGCCUAUAGACAAUUCAUCACAGCAGGAGGUUAGCAGCAUUCAGCCAGAGGGGGAGAAUACCACCCAGAAUAAAGAGGUCACAGAAAGGUGUGAAGAGAUGGGUGAUAUGGAGACUAACCCUGUUACAUUUGCAUCAAAAUCCCCAACAAAACAGUGCCCUAAUGUAAAUGAAGAGACAAAGAAACAGAAAGACACAUCCCCUUGUGAACAGCAAAAGGCAGGCAGUAAUAUCCCAAUGUACAAUCUAUGGACUGACCACCAUUGCCAUGUGAUGUUGCAGCAAAGAUACUAA